CAAAAGGACCUUUUUUCUCCCCGAGAUGAAAUCUUGGACAAACAGGCCGUUUGACUCACUCAGCCUUAUUAUCCAAUUUCUAUUCCGAGCACAAUUUCAUACAUAAUCAUGCUGUCAUGCUUAUGGUAGAACCGUCAAUUCGUCGUGUUGAAAGGCUUCUGUGGGUAAUCAUUUCACUCAUCGAUUGAUUCAGUCGGUCAAUCAAUCAAUCCAUCAAUCAAUCCUUCAAUCUAUCAACCAACCACCCACCCCAUCAUUCAAUCAAUUAUUCGGACGAGUCGGUCACUCAAAGUCUAUGAUAUAGGCAACGACGGUGCCACUCUUUAAUAUUUCAACAUCAUGAAUCCGAACAGUCCCGCGGCCUCUACUGCCAGUAAUAGCACAAACGCCCAACCUCCAGCGGCAUCAGCAGCUCCACCAGCACCAGCAGCACCAGCAAAAGUUCUUAGUUGCACAAAUUGUAGGAGACGUAAGAUAAGAUGUAAUAAAACAACAAACCCGUGUAUCCCAUGUCAGGCAUCUGGCACUGAAUGUAUUUUCCCUACACGUGUUCGAAACCCCAGGCCGAGACAAAAUAAUCCAAAGUCUCGUGAUGCUGAGCUAUUAAAAAGAAUCUCUCAUCUCGAAAGUUUGGUGAGCAGAAUUGAUGCCACAAAACUCCUUGGAGAGGAAAGUCAUGUAGAAGACGAGGCUCGGUCAAAUACACCAUCAUCAGGACCGCGACCUCAUCGUUCUUUCACGUCUCCGGGCCGUCAAUACAACGAAAAUAUCCAUGAAAUUGGAUUUGUCCCAGGACGUUUGGAUCAUCAAUUUGCUGAUUUUAUCAGACGUCAAGAGACUGAUUCAAUCUAUACUCAUGACGGGUUUUGGACAAGAUUAAGCGAAGAAAUUGAUGGACUGAAACAGCUCAUCGAGAACCCCAGUGAAGAUGAAGAUGAAAACUCUGGAUCGACUGCAACUUCGCCAGCAUCCAAGUAUAAUUCCCCUUCACAAUUUGUCUUUGAUUCCAAGGUUACUUCCUCGAAUGUUAUAAUUCCAUAUCCAUCCGACAACCACCGCAAUGUUUUACUCGAGUUUUUUUUCAAAAAUGUGCAUCCGUUGGUCGUCACUGUGCACAAGUCAACAGCACAAAUGAUGGCAAGCCCAAGUUCCGAGUUAUACGACCAUACUGGCCGACACAAAUUCAAAAGUCUUGAGGCGAUGACGUUUUCUGUUUACCUGGCUGCUGUGACGAGCAUGACAAAUGAAGAGUGCCUCGAACUUUUAGAUGAAGAAAGGCAGAUUUUAGUGACACGAUACAAAACUGCGACAGAGAUUGCUCUCCAAGAAUCAGAUUUUCUUAAUAGUGUAGAAAUUGUUACCUUGCAAGCCCUAAUGACGUAUAUUGCAGCUAUGCGCACUCAUGAUCGAAGUCGAUCUACAUGGGCGUUUAUCGGUCUUGCAGUCCGCCUUGCCCGUGGCAUUGGGCUCCACAGAGAUGGCGGCAACCAACCUUUCGAUGUGGAAAUGCGAAGGAGAGUAUGGUGGACAUUAAUCGUACUUGAUACGAGAGCUUCCGAAGAUCGAGGUACAGAAACAACGAUCACCGAUGGCUCUUUUGAUACAAAGAUGCCUGCCAACAUAAACGACGAGGAUAUCUCGAUUACCUCAACAACUUCACCGGUCGAGCGGAUAGGAUUCACCAGUAUGACAUUUGCUUGCAUUACAAUGACAGUCAGCGGGAUCGGAUUGAGGAUGAAUUUCGUACCUACGCGCCUAGACGCGCCGGUCUUGACCACAGAACAAAAAGAGCAGAUGAUUAAAGGAUUUACUGAUAAAGUCGAAUCAACCUAUCUCGCAGGUACUGAUCCCAAUGAUCCGAAAUUCUUCUGGUUUUGUCGGGUAUCACGACUAUUAUCACUCAAAUUAUGGUUGGUGACACAAUAUCCACUUCAGCGAAGGAAAACUACUCAUCGAGUACUUCCUCGAGGACAAUCUUUGCGUACAUCUAUGGCAUACCUCAAUUUGAUGGAAGAAAUAUGGCAACAUGACCCUUCAAGGGGAUGGCUCUGGUUCUUUGAAACUUAUGUGCCGUGGCAUGCAAUCGCCGUCGCUUUAGCCGAGCUUUGUGCGGAACCAACUGGCACUCUUGCUGACCAAGCUUGGGAGGUCAUUGAAUAUCAUUACAACAGAUGGAGUGAUUACGUUGCAGAUACAAAAGAUGGAAUGAUUUGGCGACCAGUCAAGAAUUUGCUGAAAAGAGCAAAAGCAGCAAGAAGGCGAGAAAGAGGUCUCAGUGGUUCUCAGGCAUCAACAACUCCAACGGCAGUCCCCAAUAUGUACAGCCCAGCUCCGAACUUGGGUGCCGAAUUCUCUCCAAUCAUGUCGGAGAAUCACAACUACCGCCAACCUUCUGCAAUCGGGCAGGUUGAUUCAAUGGGGCAGAAUACCUACGGGGGGAUGGGCUUCGAUCUUCCCAUGCCCAUGGGUUCUACCCCCAUAGAUACGAACAUGACAUCACCACUACCCAUUCCGGAAGGUUAUACAAAUGCACACUGGAACGAAUUCAUAUUUGGUUUAGGCACAGUUGGUGGUGAAGCACCUCAGCAUCCAGAGAUGUGGGGUUCAUAUCAAGAUUAUUUUACAGGCUCUUAACACUGGAGAAGCCGCAAAUCUUUCUAAUCGAUCUACGCAAUGCCUUACCUUCACCAUUUUAUUUUGGUCAAUGGCACUAGAAAUGGGGAGCAUGUAAGAACACAAAGACGUUGUAAUAUCAAACUAUUCCCCUCAAUCACUGUAUAUUUUAUACCUACUAAAGGUCGGUCGAUGCAAAAUCUUCGGCCAGCAAGGACUUCCGAAUUCUUGCUCGCAUUUUCAAGCACGCACACGCACUUGUGGAGAUUGCAAAUGCCGACAUUCGUCUUUCCCAUGGCCCACAAAGCACCUUAUCGCAGUUCCGGAUGCCGGUAGACAUGACUACCCGUGAUACGCAUUCAGAUAACUUCUAACAACAAUCCCUGCAUCAAAAAUUCUAGAUGUCACCAAAAGCGGAGAACCGAGCUAUCCGAAUGAAACAAAUGAUGAAGCGAAUUAUGAUUCAUGAUCCAACCGUGCCAGGGCACGUACUGUAUCACAAAUCGAAACAAUUUAUUGUCAGACGCCUGCCGAUAAAGAGUCUAUCCAUUCUCUUAUUAAACCCUGAGCUUUGUUCGUUAAGUUCUCAUUAUUACGAGAACCUUCUGGGGACGUUGCAAAACACGAACUGAAAGAAGAGUGUAUCGAGUAUAUCCACGCGGAGGAAAUAAUUACAUAUUGUCGGAACUUUAAUCAACGCUGACACAUUUAACGGAAUUGAUGCCUAU